CUCGCCCGGGUCUCCCUAGCAUCAAACGCACAUGUUGGGUGUGUUGUGCGGAGGAUUGCGCCGCUAUUACAGCAUUUAGCGAACCUGUGAGGGCUGUCACGCUGCUGUUUCCUCUGCACACAGCACAGACACAAUGAAAUAAGUCUGUCAGUCACCGAGGAACACCUGGAAAAUCAGAGUUACCGCAGGAAACACGCACAGGUGUGCGGCGAGGAGGCUGACACGCGACUCAGCGUGGCUGCAGGCGGCUACUGUCGGACUCCACCGGGCUGAAGGCCUCGAGGCUUCCCGAGCGACGCCAUGAGCUCCAAGGUGUGUAAGAACUGCGGCAGCUCGGACAUCGAUGUGGACCAGGCGCGUGGCGAUGCGGUCUGUAUGGGCUGCGGCUCCGUGCUGGAGGACAACAUCAUCGUGUCCGAGGUGGAGUUCGUAGAGACGGGAGGCGGAGGGUCGCUGGCUGUCGGGCAAUUCGUCUCUGCAGAAGCUGGAGCUAAACAUCCCUCCUUUGGAGAUGUGCACUUCACAGGGAGGGAGUCCCGAGCUCAGACGCUGCAGAAAGGUGAGUGACCAGCAGGGGGCGCCACACACCAACAUUAAAGUCUGUAAGAGCAUCUGCUGCACAUUUAAACAGCUGUUUGUUCUUUUUCAUGGUGAC